AUGGCUGAGACAUUUUCUCAUCUGGCAUAUCUUGUGUCUGGUGUAUCCGCACUGGGACUGAUCUAUGCUGUUGGACUUGCUGUCUACCGAGUGUUCUUCCACCCGCUGGCCAAGUACCCUGGCCCUUUGCUGGCCAAGAUCACCGACGCCUACCAACUAUAUCAUGCCUGGAAAGGGGAUCGCCACCUGGAAUUCUGGCGGCUACACGAGAAAUAUGGCAAGGUAGUAAGAUUCGGCCCAAACAGCGUCUCCUUCAACUCGAAUGCGGCUUUGAAAGACAUAUAUGGCUUCAAGUCCAACGUGCGCAAAGCCGAGUUCUACGAUGCAUUCGUCCACCCGGCACCGAACACGCACAACACGCGAGACAAGACCAUGCACGCUCGAAAGAGGAGAGUGUUAUCGCAGGCGUUCUCUGAUAGUGCGAUCAAGGAGAUGGAGAAGUAUAUUCUAGCCAACGUGCGAUCAUUCUGCGAGCAGAUCGGGCUCGGUGCCAGCGAAGAACAGAAGGGAUGGACUGUACCUAAGAACAUGGCCGAUUGGUGCAACUACCUCGCUAUGGAUAUUCUCGGCGACCUGUGCUUCGGCAAAGCAUUCCAUAUGCUAGAACGACCAGAUAACCGAUAUGCGCUUGACUUGGUGUCGAUGGCUACUACUAGGCACUCUAUUUGCGGAACUAUGCCGCUCGUGGGCAAGCUCCAUCUCGACAAAGUUCUGUUCCAUAAGAUCGCGACCGGCCGAGAAAAGUACAUGGCGUACAGCAAAGCCCAGUUGACGGAACGUACAAAGCUAGGCGACGACACCGAUCGCCGUGACUUCUUUUACCAUCUGCUCAAGGCGCGAGACCCCGAAACUGGAAUGGGAUUCGCAACGCCUGAGUUGUGGGGGGAAUCAAACUUACUCAUCAUCGCGGGAAGCGACACGACAUCGACGGCAAUGGCGGCAACAUUAUUCUACAUCGUGCGCAACGCAGCCGCGCUGCAAAAGGCAACCGAAGAGGUGCGCGCCAGAUUCAGCAACGCCGAGGAGAUCUGCCAGGGCCAAGCGCUCAACUCGUGCGCUUAUCUCCGCGCCUGCAUCGACGAGGCCAUGCGCAUGUCACCCUCCGUCGGCGGCAUUCUCCCGCGCGAGGUUCUGAAGGGCGGCAUCACGAUCGACGGCGAGCCCCUCCCCGAGGGCACAGUCGUCGGCACCCCGCACUACACCGUCCAGCACAACCCCGCCUACUACCCGCGCCCCUUCUCGUACAUCCCCGAGCGCUGGGUUGUUGGCGCGCGCAAGACUUUCAGCGCCGGUGGCGGCGAGGACGUCGUGACGGAGCAGGACGUGGCGCUCGCGCAGAGCGCCUUCUGUCCCUUCUCGGUGGGGCCUAGAGGAUGCAUUGGAAAAGGCCUGGCGUAUGUGGAGAUGAUGACGACGUUGGCGAGAGUCCUGUUCAUGUAUGACCUGCGCAAGGCGGCGGGCUUCGACCCUGCGGAGGGGAGCCCGGAUCUGGAGUGGGGACGGCAGCGCGUGGAUGAGUUCCAGCUGAUUGAUCAGUUCACGAGCAUGAAGGAUGGCCCGAUGGUUGAGUUUAGGAAAAGGGCUUGA